AGUGACCUUCUGGGGACGUGGCGUGGACUUCACGUGGGAGGAGUGGAGGCGGCUGGGCCCGGCCCAGAAGGAGCUGUCGGGAGGUGAUGCUGGAGAACUACGGAACCUGGCGUGCCUGGGGCUUGCUGUCUCCAAGCCUGACGUGAUCUCUCAGCUGGAGCAAGGUGGAGCGCCGUGGUGGCGGGACGCAGUGUCCCAGGAAGCAGCUGUGCAGAUUGGAAAACUAGGCCUGAAGUCGAAAAGUUAUUUCCAAAGCUGGACAUUUCUAUAAGAGAAACAUCCAAUGAGAUGCUUAAAUCGAGUGGUCCCUGUGUCUCUAAGUUGAGAGAUUCCUGGGAAUAUGAUGCUAGAUUAGAGAGACAAUUGAAUGAAGAGGAGAGACAUUCUGAACAAGUAAAAUUCAUCCAAAGGAAAAAAAUUGAAUAUAAUGAAUAUGGGAGAAGCUGCAAUCUAGAGCCAAUUCUUUUUCCACAACAGAGAGAAAUGAUUGAAAAAAGUCUCUAUGAGUAUGAUAUGCAGAAAAGCUUCAGACUGUAUUCAGAAAUAAGAAAACAUAAUAUUUGCUCAAAGAAGAUAUUUUCUUUAUAUAGUAAAUGUGGGAAAUCUUUCAGUUAUAAUUUAGAACUUAUCAAGAAACGUGGAAUACAUAUUGGAGAGAAAACUUAUGAAUGUAAUGAAUGUGGCAAAACUUUCCGUCAGAGCACAGGACUUACUCAACAUCAUAGAAUUCAUACGGGAGAAAAACCUUAUAAAUGUAAUGAAUGUGGAAAGGCCUUCCGUCAGAGCUCAGGCCUUAUUCAACAUCAUAGAAUUCAUACGGGAGAAAAACCUUAUAAAUGCAGUGAAUGUGGAAAGGCUUUCUGCCAAAACUCAGGCCUUACUCAACAUCAGAAAAUUCAUACUGGAGAGAAACCUUUUGAAUGUAAUGAAUGUGGAAAGACUUUCCUCCGGAAUACUGAAUUAACUGAACACCAGAUAACUCAUACUGGAGAAAAACCUUAUGAAUGUCAUGAAUGUGGGAAGGCCUUUUGUCAGAGGGCAGAACUUAGUCGACAUCAUAAAAUUCAUACUGGAGAAAAGCCUUAUAAAUGCAAUGAAUGUGGGAAGGCCUUCCGCCAGAUUACACAUCUUACUCAACAUCACAAAAUCCAUACUGGAGAGAAACCAUAUGAAUGCAAUCAAUGUGGGAAGACCUUUCGCUACAGCUCACACCUUACUCGACAUCGUCGAACUCAUACAGGGGAGAAACCAUAUGAAUGUUGUGAAUGUGGAAAAGCUUUUCGCAGGAGUUCUCAUUUUAUUCGACAUCAGAUAAUUCAUACUGGGGAGAAACCUUAUAAAUGUAGUGAAUGUGGGAAGGCCUUUCGCUGGAACACAGGACUUAGCCGACAUCAGAGAACUCAUAAUGAAGAGAAGCCUUAUUAAUGUAAAGGAUUUGACAAAGGUUCCUGUAGUUCAUACUGGAGGGAAGUCUUAUGAAUGUAGUCAGUAUGGAAAUGCCUUUUCUCAUACAAAACUUAUUUAAUAUCAGAUAAUUGAUAGCGGGAAGCCCUUUUCCCAGCAAAUAAAAUUUAGUAAAUAUCAGGUAAUUAGUCCUCAAGAAAACAUUUAUAAUGCUUAGAUGGAAGAUUUUUCUCCAAAGAGAAUAUCUUAAAACAAAUCAUAGAUGUGGAGCUAAAAGGGACCUUAGUGACUAUCUAGCCUAACCCCUUCUUUACCAAUAAGGAUCACCUAGGGAGAUGAUCUGCCCAAAGUCACAAAGGCAGCUCUCUCCUGAGAGUUGGAGGGAAACCCCUCCAAAUACAUACAGCUCUAAAGAAUUAUGGGGCUUGAGGAAAGAUGGUAGAGGAAGUUGAGGAAGAUAAGGGAGGAAGGUGAUACCUAAAGUGCUUCAGAAUCUGGGAUAGAGGUUACCAAGCAACUUGAACCUUCAAAAUUCCUCCCCUUCCUCCUGCCUGCACAGUUCUGGGGUAUGUAGUGUCUCCUCUGUAUGACUUGGCUCAACCUUGUCUCUAGGAACAAAGGAGGAUCCCAUGUUUCUCUGACAUAUCUUUGAGGUUCCUCUCUCCUGGGUCUGGCUGCAACCUCCCUCAACUAUUGACAUGUCACACACUCAAAGAUCACAGAAUCAGAUCUAGAUUCAGAAAAUACCUUAGAAGUUGUUGGGAGGAUCAAAUGAAACUAUGCUAGAAUAGAGAAGUUUUACAGAGGGAAAUAAUAACUAUCUAGAGGGUGGGACUAGGAGCAGUCAAAAAAGUUUUAAAAGAACAUUUGGGCUUGACAUAAAGAAAAACUUGAUGGCAAAUAGGUUAGCAAGCUAUUGGUAGAGAGGGUUGUCUUGAAUGGUGGGAGUAGCUUACCCCUUACUGUAUACUAUCAAGUGCAAUUUAAACAAAAAUUUUGGUGAUAUGUUUAGGGAGUUACUGUUUGUCUAGAAACCAAAUUGCUCCUGUGGUCCUUUUCAGUGCUGAUUCUCAUUCUGUGAUUCUCAUUUUAAGAAUUCAUAGAGAAAAGCAUUAAGAAUAUAGUGAAUGUAACUUUUACUGCGGGCUCUCAAAUUACUCUUUUAGGAGAUCCUACAGAUCUUCAGCUCCACUACUAAUGAAUGAAUACCUGUUUCUUCAUCCCUUUGUGCCCACAGAGUUGCUGCUUUUAAUUAUUUUAUCUGAUUUUUACUAGUGUGAGGAAUUGCCUCAAUAUUAUUUGUUUUUGCAUCUUAGAUCAUUAAUGAACCCUCUGCCUGCAUCCUUGAUCUCAUUCUAUCCUGUCUUUAGCAGCAGAAUGUCGGGUCCCUGUCAUCUCCACGCUCUCUUCAAUCUCUGGCUACAAACAUUAUAUCUCCAUCAUACUUAAAUAUUCUCACUUGAUUUGACCAUCACCUAUAUCCUAUAUCUUUCCCUUGUGACUAACCUUGAGAAUGCCCUCUACAAUCAAUGUUUUCAUUUCCUUUCCUCUCACUUAUUUCUAAAUCUCCUGUACCUUGGCAUUCAGCUUUAUCAUUCAACUGAAACUUCCUUCUCCAGUAUUAUCAAUAAUCUCUUAACUGUCAAUUAUUAGUAAUCUUUUUUUAAAAUCUUCAUUAGCACAUUUUGCCUUCCUUUCAUGGAGAUUUAUGAGAGUAAUGAAAUACCAACAGUUAUCUCUAUGAACGUUAGUUGUUUGUGCAAAAUAUAUGAUUAUUAAUGGCUGAAUAAAUUCUUGUCCAAAAAUGUAUUGGAAUUUUAUCCUGCAAAUAAGAUUGGCAAGUCUGAAGAAACAUGAGGAAAUAUGGCUAAUACUGAGUGUAUUACGAAGAUCCAGGAAAACGUGCAUCCUAAUCAGAUGAGAAGAAGAAAUGAGAAUGAGAGUGAAUGGAAAACUAAGAAUCCUGAUGGAGAUAUAGAGGCCUGGAUUGGAAAAGUGUAAUGGCAUUUUGUAGUUUAAAUUUCAUUUGUUUGAAUGUAAAUAGUUGCAAAGAAAGUUUAAUUGUUUGUAUUGAUGUUCAAGAUUGUUGAUGGUGUAUAGAGGCAGUGACAGUGGAUUAAAGAGCUGAUCUUAAGAGUUGUAAGGCCAUGAUGCAUGGUGCCUCUUGAUACCCAGCUGGGUGAUGCUGGAUAAAUCCCAGCUUCUCUGUGCUCCAGACAAUUAGGUAAGACUAUGAAUGUCAUGACUAGUAUUGGUGGAGGGGUCUUCCUCACUAUGGCUUCCUAUACCAAUUAAGUCAAGAAGUUCAGUUACAAAUUUUGUAUGUAAUAAAUGUUUUAUUAAAAGAAUAGUUAUGAAUGUGAAAAGGAUCUCAGUAAGCUUUCUUACUGCAGUCAUCAAAAAUUAUCAAAAUAUUCAAUUUUAGUCAUGGAGAAAAGGAACUGACUACUUGCGAAGGCCUUGGCCUUAAACCCUCUUUGCUGUUCUUCCCAUUCCCACCUCUCUGGUCUAGGACAUUGCUCUUUUGGUUGCCUCUUAUUCUUGUAUCUUCAAACUAUCCCUUCCCUGGAUCCCUCCUGCAUGACUUAGAAACAUGCUUCAGUACUUUAAAAAGCUUACCCUUGACCCACUACCGAUCCAGCUACCAUCUCCCUUCCUUUCUCUCCUUUACUUCCAAACCAAUACCUCAUCUCCUUCCUGCUGCAGCACCUUGUAAUCUGAUUGCUUUUGGACCUCUACUAAAAUGACUCCUAAAGAUCAUUGUUGACCUCCUAAUUGCCAAAUAACGGUGAUUUUUUUCCCUCUGGAUUUUUAUCAUCCUUUGGAUCAAAUUAAAAAAAAAAAAUAACCACACUUCUGAGUACAUUUUCCUGCCCUGUCUUCAGAUACUGCACACACUCUUUUGGUUAGAAUUAUAAAGGGCUGGUACCCAUUCGAUGUGAGACAAUGACUCUGUUAGCAUAUAUUUUGGAUAAAUGGCCCUUCUCCCUGUUUGGUGCUUAGUCAUGUUUGAUGGUAAGAUAAUUGAAGGCAAGGAUUAGAGGGUGAGGUGACAGAGGCCAGACUUUGUGGCAGGAUGAGGAGGAGAGAAGUUGGUGACUUUGACUCAAGAAUCCAGGAGCCUCUUGGCAGUUUGUCCAUCUCUUUCACUUCUCCCCCUAUUAGACCUAUUAAGUCUAAUCAGUCAUUUAUGUGGAUAGCCCCCAUUUUUAGUGUACUUCCUCAGUAUGAAUGCAUGAGGCAGCUCAUGGAAACACCAUUAUUCUCACGUUACUAAUUAUAAACCUGAGGUUCUUGGGGAUUACAAGGUCUUCUGCCAAUGACUCUGGGGCCCUGGUGUGAUUGGACUCCUGCGCUCCUCAGUCUACAUCCACGACUGUGGACUGUACCACACCAUGCUAGUUCUUCUCUGUCUCCCCUUUGACUCAUCUUUUCCUCAGCCUUUACAUUAUAUAUUUUCCCAGGGUUUUGCCUAAGGGCCCUCUUUCCUUGCCUCUCUUCUCUUUGGGAAUCUCUUGGUCCUAGAGCUUUGGUUCCACAAAUGACCCUUUCUGUCCGGUCAUGAUCGUUGGAUGCCUAAGAUGAUUGUUAUCAUUCCUAUUAAUCUCAGUCAGCCUCCCCAUUUUCAGACCAUGUAGGAAAACUACUAUUACUUUUGGCUCUUCACUCUCCCUCACCUCUCACAUCCAAUUAGUCACCAUGUUUGUCAACUCUGCUGCUACAGGAUACCUCCUGGCUCUUUCCUCAGUUCUAUCCCUACAACUUGUAGCCCAGUAGGCCAAGGCAGAGUGUUUGAUAAGUGGAGAACUGGACUCAUUUCCCACCCCCAACAAGUGUAUCCCCAGCAAAUUAUUUAAGCCCCCUGAGCACAGUUCAUCAUCUGCAAACUGGUGAUCAUCAUAUCUGUAGUAUUUGCCUCAUAGAGCUGUUUGUAUUUCGUAUGUCUCCAACUCACUUGCUGUUAAGCUUUAUGUCAUACAGCAUAUGUAUUAUCUAAUCUUGGAAUUUUUGCUGGGAUCCAGUUCUACACAUAGUGUUUAAUAAGUGCUCUGAAUGGAAUUGAUCGUGAGAAAAGUUCACCUGAAGGACUUACCUUAUUGAACAUCUUGGAACUGGUAUUGAAGAAAACUUUGCCUUGGCUUAUUCGUGAACCACUGUGCCCAAGGUCUUCAGAGUGCUCCCCUCUUCUGUGCCAGGGACUGGCCUUUGACUUUUGAGCCUUGUUCAGAACCAAGAGGCCCUUUGGGAUAGGCCAGCCAAAUGCCCUCGAAUACACCAGGAGGAAACAAGAAUAAAGUUGACCAAUUGCUUAGAGUAAUUUAAAGACAAAGCCAAGACUAGAACCCCGAGUCCAAAGGUUCUUUCUUCUCCCCCCCCAAAUUCUAUCCUCCUUCUCUUUCUGUCUUUUCUUAUGCUCCUGAAUAUCCUUCUAGUCUCCAAGAAAUGUAGCAAUGAAAGUCAUACAGUGCCAUGUUCUCAGCCCUGCUAUUGGCCAAUUCUAGCUUUUAAGCCAUUCAAAGUCAGAAGGCCCAUCCUCUAUCUCUCUCCCUUUGUCCUUCCUUUGCUUUCUUUAUCUCUCUCUCUCUUGCCUCUGCACUAAUUUCACAACCUUAGUCAAACUAUCAAAAUAACAACUGCUCAUCUCACUCCAAAAAUCUCUCAAAGGUAGAGAAUGAAAAAAUUUGGGAACAAAGUGAGGGUAUGAGUGCAAGAGGGUGGGAGGAUGUGCUAGGGAAGUGGGCUCAGGGCCAGGAAAGAUACCAUUCAGCCAAGGUGCAAUCUCCAUCCUUUAGGGCAGGCACUCUCUUCAGGCUGUUCACUUUGGCAAAAUCAUUAGUCAUUUGUUGCCCUAAAAGAGCAGAUGUGCCCAUUGAGGCAAAGAGGCCUUCUCCCCUUCCCACUAAGCUGUAGCUUCAAGGAGCUGGUCACCUGGGCAUUCAUGAAGGGGUGAGGCACUGGUUUCCAGGGUCUCACUGUGAGGCAGCUGGCCAGGAUGUGUCGCCAAGGUCAGUAGAAUUGUCACUCUUGUGGUUUCUCACUCUUGGGGAAAGGGCUUGUCCAGGGAGGUCAGCCAGAAACCAAGGUCAUGACCAUGACCAGCUUAAAAUCAAAGUGGGGAGAACAGCACAGGGAUCGGCCUUCAGGGCUCUUCGAGUCUCUCUAAUCCAAGCCCUUCAUUCCAGAAGAGACAGAACAGGUGAAAGAAGCAACAAGAGGAACCCUUAACUCUGCUGGAUUCUGGUCAAAAGAGAGAGCCUGGUUGUCAGGGAGCCCAGAGAGAUCUCCUCCUGCUGGGUCUCAUCUCUACUCACACUUCUCUCAAUAUAUUUUUUUUUUUCCCAGAAAAAAGGUCUUACUAAUGCGAUUCGGUUUUUCUAUCACAGUAAUUGCUGACUAUCCAGCAAUCAGGUCUUGUUUCUCCAGAAUAAAACUAUCCCGAAACAAACACUUUAAGCAGAGUUGAUACAGUAACUGGCCCUGGCCACACAGGCAGGCUCCUUUGCAGCCCUGGGACUUCCCGGCUUUCCCUGCUUUGUUCAGCGAUACUUUCAGGCUACACUGUUGCCACCAUGUAGCUACUUCCCUUCUCUGGCUCUCAGGGAGCCCAGGGGAAUUCUUGUGUCUGCAAAAUAGUCACAGUAGCCGUUUUUGUGAUGGCAAAACAUUGGAAAUCACGCGGGCACUAGAGGGCGCCAUGGACUGUGUGAAUGGACAAGUUUUUUGCUUUUAGAAUAAGAAGCAUGAGAAAGCCUAAGGCAGGGGUCCUCAAACUUUUUAAAAUGGGGGCCAGUUCACUGUCCCUCAGACUGUGG